GAACUGCAGCAUCGACCCCCGGCUCCCUCCACGCCGUCCCGACGACGCGCGAGGGCCGCGUUACGCCGGCUCCUCCCCCUCUGCCCGGGGGCUGUUCCAGGCGGGUCGUCUCAGGCCGGUACCCCGGCGCAAGCUACCCCGCCAUGGAGGGGGCUGUCCCCACUGCCGCAGCCGCCCACUACCAGCCGGCCAGCCCCCCGCGGGACGCCUGCGUCUACAACAGCUGCUACUGUGAAGAAAAUAUUUGGAAACUCUGUGAAUACAUCAAAAACCAUGACCAGUAUCCUUUAGAAGAGUGUUACGCUGUCUUCAUAUCUAAUGAGAGGAAGAUGAUACCUAUCUGGAAACAGCAGGCAAGACCUGGAGAUGGACCUGUGAUCUGGGAUUACCAUGUUGUCUUGCUUCAUGUUUCAAGUGGAGGACAGAGCUUCAUUUAUGAUCUCGACACCAUCCUGCCAUUUCCCUGUCCCUUUGACAUUUACGUAGAAGACGCCUUUAAGUCUGAUGAGGACAUCCAUCCACAGUUUAGAAGGAAAUUUAGAGUGAUCCGUGCAGAUUCAUAUUUGAAGAACUUUGCUUCUGACCGUUCUCACAUGAAAGAUUCCAGUGGGAACUGGAGAGAACCUCCUCCAUCCUAUCCGUGCAUUGAAACUGGAGAUUCCAAAAUGAACCUGAAUGAUUUCAUCAGCAUGGAUCCUGAGGUAGGGUGGGGAGCUGUCUACUCCCUGUCUGAAUUUGUGCAUCGGUUCGGCAGUCAGAACUACUGACAUCUGGAUGUAGAAGCGUGGAGAAAUUCUAGGACAUGAACCAUCCAUCCCUUUGUUGGGACAACAAACAUAAUGGUACCUUUGGCUUCGAAUUAUGUUUUCCUGUUCUAGUUCAGUUGAGUUGAAACAUGGGUGAACAGAAAAUAAAUAAAAACUUUCUGUUGAUAUGUCAGGUUAAAACUUGAUGUAGUGUGUGUUUGCUAAGGUACUCCUAUGGCUCAUUUGUUAAACCAUGUGAUGACUUACGCAGUAAUUGCUUUUGUUAUGAUAGAUGCGUGGACUUUGUGUCUGUUCUGGGUGUUUCGUUCUCUCCAGCUACACUGUAAGCUCCUUGAGGGUGAGGCUGUGGCUCACGGCUCUGUGAAUCUCUCAUGCCCGUUAUAAAAGUGCGCGUUAAAUAUUUGCUAGCGGUUGUGCUGCUGUCUGAAGAGGGCUGAUAACUGUGAGCUGAAUCAGCAAUAAGUAUUAGUCUUUUUGGACUAUUAUGUUCUUUAAAAAGAUUGCAGCCCUCUCAGGCUUGAGUGUUAUUUGGCCUAUUUAUAUAUGUUUUUAAAAUAAAAUUGAUGUAAAAUUCGUUUUGUUUUGAA